GGCGAGCGACCACAACGCAGUUGAAUAGAAUCAUCUUCUUCCUCUUUCCACAACAAAACCUUACAUUUGCUUCUAACCUCUACAAGAUUCAAUGUCGAAAGCUUUUCUCUGCAACAAUGCAUUUCGCAUAUCAACAACAACAACACUCUACAACGCACCCUUCCUAUUUUCACUCAAAUUCCUCACCACCACUUCAAACCCAUUCACCGUAUCCUACCUCAUCGACAAAUUCGGAUUCUCUCAUGAAUUCGCACUCAAAGCUUCCAAAGAGCUUUAUUUCAAAACCUCACAAAAACCAGAUUCAGUUCUCAACUUCUUCAAAAAUCAUGGUUUCAAUGACUUAGACAUACGCAGAAUCGUCAAAAUCGAACCAUGGCUUCUUUCCUGCAAUACCCACUUAACGAUCCUCCCAAAGUUUCAGUUUUUAAUCUCCAAAGGUGCUUCUUCCUCUGACAUUGUUCGUAUGGUUGUAGGUAACCCUAAGUUCUUGCAAUUCAGCUUGAAGACUCAUGAAAUUAAGUUUGAAUAUUUUCUAUCCAAAGGUGCUUCUUCCUCUCAUAUUAUUUCAUUGUUAACUUCAAACCCUCAAAUUUUACAAUAUAGCUUAGACAAACGAAUAAUCCCUCUUUUUGAAUUAUUAAGUAGGUUCUUGAAAUCCAGCAAGGAUACCAUUCUCUGCUUAAUUCGAUGUUCCACUGCAUUUACUAUAAAUCCCUAUCGCAUUAUUGUGGCUAAUAUCAAUUUGAUGACUGAUUUUGGAGUUUCUGAUAAUGUCAUUGCUAGUAUGCUUCAGUCAUGGCCAUCUGUAUUUGGUUCAAAGGAUUUGAUUAAGUCAUUGGAGGAAGUUAAGUGUUUAGGGUUUGAUCCUUCAAAGAAUAGUUUUGGAAUUGCUUUAGCAGCAAAGAAAGGUUUGAGUAAAAAACUUUGGGAUGAGAAAGUUGAUGCCUUUAAGAAAUGGGGUUGGUCUGAUGAAGAUGUUAUUCGAGUAUUUAGGAUUCAACCUAUUUUAAUGUUUGUUUCAAUUUAUAAGAUUGAUUUGUUAAUGAGUUUUUGGGUCAAUCGAUUGGGUUGGAAUUCCUUGGCACUUACCAAGCGGCCACAUAUGUUUUCUUAUAGUUUGGAGAAAAGGAUCAUCCCAAGGGCCUCAGUUAUGCAAUUUCUUUUGAUGAAAGGUUUGCGAAAAAAGAAUGCGAGCUUAGUUACACCAUUUGCUUAUUCUGAGAAUAUGUUCUUGAGCAAGUUUGUUUUCAGAUUUAUGGAGGAGUCUGAUUAUCUAUUAAAGCUAUAUGAGGAAAAAAUGAAACUUGCAUACACAAAGGAGAACAAUGGCAUGCCAUUCACUUAAUAUGUGAAUUCAUAAUCUUCUUUUGUAAUGUAGCCUUAGCUUGUUAGUUCUUAAAAUUUAAGUGUUUAUUCUUUCUAGGCCAAAAUUUAAGAAGCUUUGGUGGUAGAGUUGCUAGAGGGUGGGAGUUGGGGUUUUAUUUGGAGGCGUAGAUUUUUUGUGUGGGAGGAAAACUUACUUAGCAAUUUAUUGGAAGAUUUGGAUGGUUUUGUUCGGUCUCAUGAGGAGGAUAGAUGGAGAUGGAGAUUGGAGGACGAUGGUAGGUUCUCGGUUAAGUUGAUGUAUUUCAAGUUGGAAGGAGCUAUGUUGGGGGAGUAUAGGUGUCCGGUGGAGAAAAUGAGUACUUGUAAGCUUAUUUGGAAGUCAGCACCUUCAAAAGUGAUGGCUUUUACUUGGAAGCUCCUACUUGACCGUAUUCCUACUAGAGCAAAUUUGGAGAUUAGAAAUUGCUUACCGCCGGAGGAUGGAUCAAAUUGCAUUCGGUGUACGACGGGAAGGGAAUCUUCCACUCACCUUUUCCUUCAUUGUGUUUUCGCCUAUGAUAUAUGGUUGUCUUUGAUGAGGUGGACUAACCAGUUUUUCUUGAUUCCUCCGAAUUUGUUUAUUCAUUGGGAGUGUUGGAGUGCGGGAGGGUACCAUAAGAAGAUCCGGAGGGGUUGGAGAAUGAUUUGGCAAGCCGCCGUUUGGGUUAUUUGGAAAACACGUAAUGACCGUAUGUUCAAUGAUGUUGUUAAAGGGGUGGAGGAGUUGGUUGAAGAGAUUCAGGUUUAAUCUUGGCGGUGGAUGAUGGGAACGAGGGAUACUUCGGUGUGAGUGGAAGUGGUGUCCAGAGGCGUGUUUGCGGAGGUAAAGGGGGAGGGCAGGGACUGGUCUGUGGUGUGUUAUUUUCUGGUGCUGUUGCGUGUUUUCUGCUCACCUGUGUAUCUGUUACUGUUGUUUUUCGGCUGCAUUUUGGCUGCUGUUUUGUGCAGGUAGCAGCACUGCCUGCUGCGUUUUUGUUUCCUCACGGGUGUGGCAGUGUUUGGGUUUUGUUAUAUUCCCCUUUGCUGUUAUGUGUUGGCUUUUGGGGGAAUUAUGGGAUUGAAUUCCGGUGUAUUUAGCUAGAUUUCAAUGUCAUAUCUUUGCUUUUGGUGGGGUUUUGCUGUUAUUGUAUUUGGUGUUUUCGCGGUGUUUUGGUGGAUGUUACGCUUAUAUGCGGCAUCUUUGUUUUUUUCACCGCCUCUAAGCGUCUUGCUAGAGUUUCGGUUUCAAUAAUAUUUGCCAAUUCAAAAAAAAAAAAAAAAAAAAAAAGAGGAAAGUCCAGCUGACUUGUUUUUUUGCUAACUUGGACCAGAGUGACAAAGUUGGUCAUAGAAAUAUCUUAUGAUUUAUCUUAUGAAGUUAUGCCUUAUAUCUAAUAGAUAUAGAAAAGAUUAAAUGGUCUAGCAUUUAUUUGGUCAGGCAAUGUUUUCUGUUAGUUCUCCUUGUGUAAACAAACUAUGUAGGUAGGUCUGAUUUAAACUGUAAGCUUGAGAUUAUUAAGUAGUUUGCCUAGCUACUUUUCCUUUGGUUCUUCACACACUAUCUUUUUAAUCCAUGUCACACCUUGUUUUUGCUAGGCUUAAAUGCUUUUUUGGUCCCUUAAGUAUUUAAUUGGUAUCACUUUGGUCCUUUAACUAAAAAAAA